CCCUUUUGGUAUUAUAUAAGGGAAAUGCCCAAACCAGCUCAUUCAAAUGGCACAUCAUAACCAGAGUAGCUCAUACAACUUAGCGGUAUCCGACAGUGCUUCAAAUGGACAUUCGAACACUACCCCCAAAGAAAACCACGAAAACAAUGAUGCCAUAAAGGAUGGAAGGCUUUUGCCUUCCGGUCAUGGGAAUCCCAAAGGAACUCAUCAAGAUGACAGUAACACAAAGGACAAGAGGUUGUGCGCUGACGGUCAUGGGGAUGAUAAACCCGUAAUUCGUCUAAAGAGUCAAAAAGCUGAGAAUGUCAGCCCUCCACAACAGAAACACAAAAACAAAGAGAAACCAUUGCCCGUGGAUGUUUCCAAAGCAAAUAUCAUAGCUACUCCAAAACAAAAGGAUGACAAGGUUAAAGAUUGUUUUCGUUUUAUUGACAUCCUAAAGCAAUCCGGAUACCCUUCUGGAGUGUAUCUCGUUCCAGAUAGUGGAAAGCUUCGCCUUGGUGAAGACGGAUUGUAUGAAGAAGGCAGAGACUAUACAAUUAUGCAUACUUUUAAAAUGGGCUCCAACGCACUUAAAGUAUGUGUGGUGAAGGACAUAUGGACAGGACAUGUACAUGUUCUUAAGAAGAUCAGUCUAUCGGAUUUCAGAAAAAAUGAAAUCAAAGCAAUGGAAGAUCUACAAUCUGUAAAGGACAUAUUUGUACCGGAGAUCUACCUCUUUUAUGUCAGAGGUAACUCAGUCCAUAUCCAUAUGGAGCUGAUUGAAAAUGGGACUACACUGAGGGAAGUGAUUGAUUCCAAAAUUAAACUCAUUCGUUCAUCGCAACCCCUCCUCGUUAGGCCAUUGACCCUGUUCAUACUCCAUGAUGUAAUGUCUGCUGUCUUGCAAAUGCAUGCACGGCCCUGGACACACAAUGGUUUACAUGGUGAAAACAUCCUAAUACAACAACAUGGUAAAAGCAUCAGAUGUUACAUCAUUGACUUAGGUAAAGCAUAUAACUUGAUGAUACGUGAAGACGAAUACCAGAGGGACAAGCAUUAUCUAGCCAUUCUAGUCCUAGGCCUAUAUACAGGCAAGCAGUUAAUCAAUGACUGGGAUUUUACUGGCAUGAGUUGGGAAGAUAAACUCAAGGAGUCAUCGUUCUUCCAACAGCUUUAUAAAUCUGAACAAGAUGAGCUACUUGACACCAUUAACAGGAUCCUAAAUAGUAAAUCUCAAACAGAUAGACAACAAAUUCUGGAGUAUCUUCAGCAACAAUUCAUAGACAUAGACAUGGAGACUAUGUUCCACGCAGUCAAUCCUAUACUGUUUCCGAAGGAUCAUGUCCAAAGUCCUGUUCGUUACGAGGCCUCGACAACCCAAACUUCUUCCAAUUGGGCAACUUCGUCGUCUACGCUAGUACUGAGGGAGCCAGAAAUCAAACUGUCGACGUCUAUAACAAGCAGCCAAGGUCAAGCAGCUAAAUGUUCAUCGGGUAAUAAAACCAAAACCACUAAUGACCAGGAGCAAAAUCACGGCACCCCUCCAGCCCCAAGAACAAAUAUCGAGAGGGUUCUGAAAACAGGUUGUAUGCCUUUAUUGCCGCCAGCAAGAAGAGCUUGGGGAGAAAAGCAGGUGGACAUAGGCUUAAUACAUUGGCCACCACAGGACUGGCAGACACUGACUGGAAAAAAGAAGCUUGAUAAAUUGGUGUAUGCCGCCAUAACAUUGGAUGGAGGAGAUGCUGCCACAACAAAACCAAGCAUCCCUUUCCUCCUGGACAAAUACAACAUGCUCCGUUUACCAGGAACAGAAAUCCCCGAUAUGAAUAUUGAUGCAGGAAAGCCCAGCGAUAUGGCGAGCAUUGCAAAGAUGUCCAGGUACUCCACCUUCCACAUAAUAAGAGAAAUGUGUUGUUCCGAAAGUCAUUCAACAAACCAACUGAACCUACUGAAGCAGGUGGAAGCUGCCUGGUCUGUCAGGGAUAAAACAACAGAUGAUAUCACCAGUCGUCUGGAUUCAGCUGGUGUGGAUCUACAAUUGGAGGAUAUUUAAAACAGUCAAACAACUGACAUAAGUUUGGCAAAAAACCAACCAACCACAGUUUAAUUUUACAUCAAACGAACAUUCCAGUUCAGAAGAGAUUGUAAUAUCCGUGCAUCAUAUGGGAACCACGGAACCAAAUGAUUUCCCAUGAACAAUAAUGUUAACGUUAACCACUGUCCUGCUUAAAUGGAGUUUUCAACACUGGUCCACUAGCCAUAAUUUUGAAGAAUGUCAUCUCGGAAACCUGUAAAUAGAAUGAUUGCAAAUUCUACUAAUUUUAACUUUUUUACAUGGGGACUACAAUCUUGUAUUGAAUUCAGCACCAAAAAUUCACAUUAUUUACAACAAAAUACACUAUUUAUAAACUCCCUCUGACAAUUACAGGGUAGUCUUUUAUAUAUAUUUCACAUCCAUAUGUAUUGCCCAGCCCACACAUAAAACUUUGGAAACCUCUCACCUAAAUAUCCAAUCAGUAGGCCCCGAUGCAUUCACCUUCCUAUUAGAUAUUCUGUCCAAACGGGGAAAACCCGCAAUCUAUUUUUUAUUUUGUUCUGUGGUCCCUAUAGAUAUAUUGUCUGAAAUUUGAUUAUUUUCUUUUCAUUUGCGUUUUUAAUAUGUUUUAAUCUAGAUAGAAGAGUUCCACUGAUUUCUGAGAGUUCAAGUAUCCAGUUAUUCUGAUUGUAUUGCUUUUUUGUAUUUUGUGUUGUAGAUAUUUCGUUCCAGACAUGUUUUAUCUUUGUUCUUUUAAAGUAAGACGACUAUUCUUGAAAAAUACAUCAUGAUUCUCAAAUAGGUUCUGCAUGUGGACAUCUGAUGAGCUUGUUGGUUAAAUUGUCAGGAUAUUUCCUCCUUUUUUUGACCGAUCUUUGGUAUUUAGAAAACAUUUUAGAAACCAUAUUUUGAUACAAAGUUGUGUUUUUUGUUUGGCUUUUUUUUAUGGCAAAAAAUACCCUUUGUGGUUUUUUUCUACAUUGAACAAAAAACUGAUCGGAACGAGGUAGGCUUUAUAAUGAUGAUAUGUGGUGUUUACUCUAAACAAUAAUUUCAAUUCGAAAUUUUUUUUUCAAAAUCACUUACCCUUUGUUUAUCUUAUUUUUUUCUGAAAAUUUCCUACUUUCUUUUUGACAUUUUUUAUUUAGUUUUUUUUAUAACAAGAAUUAAAAAGAGUCGCAAUAUAAAGUUACUUUUCCCAAAAACAUUCUGAUUUAACUGUUUUUCAAGACAUUUUGCUAUCAACUUUUUAUUUUGAAGAUUUUAGUUCCUGAUUAACCUAACCUGUCAUGGAAUUAAAUGAUGACCUAGUAGUAAAAACAUGUCAUGGAAUUAAAUGAUGACCUGGUGGUAAAAAAAAUAGAUUUAUAACGUGUCAGAGUAUAAAGGUGAUGUAAAUCAUACAUGUAUUUUAAUUCAAUGUAA